GAUUUGAGAAUUUUUACGUUUUUUUCCGAUUGAAACAAUUGUGGUUUUGAAUGUCAGAAUAACUUGAUAUUAGUAUUGGUAUGCUAAUGAGUGAGUGGGUUCAAGAUGGCUACCACUUGUUGGUUGUUUUGGUAAAGUUGAAAGUUCUAGGCUAGUUGAAGAGAUCUAUUAUGGGAAUUUCGUGUUGCGCGAGUUUCGUAGAAUUCAGUGUAAAAGAGUGCGGAUUUUGUGCUUGAGUGAUGUGCGUUUUCAAUUCGUGUUUUCGUGUAACUUAUAAAGUUUUCAACUAUUUUGUGUUAAUGUCUAUUAUUUGAUGUGAAUAGAAGUGGGUUAAAUUUUAACCAAAUUCAGUGAUUUGUGCUGUUAGUAGGAAGUGAUAAUGCUAGUGAUUUUAUAGCCCCAUCCCAUAAAUAAACAUGGAUAACUCUACUACAGGAAUACCUGAAAAGAGAAGCAUGUCACUGUCGAACGGGCCGUCGUUCCGCCGCUCACGGCCCUCGUCCGGGGGCAGUGGGGGCGGCACCCUGGACUCGGGGGGCGGGGGCAGUGGGGGUGGCACCGCCUCCCUGCCCCAUACCAAGAUCGUUGUGCACAAGGACGAGAAGGGCUAUGGCAUGAAGGUGUCCGGUGACAACCCUGUCUACGUCCAGUCCGUCAAGGAAGGUGGUGCCGCUGAGAGAGCAGGGUUGCACAGUGGUGAUAAAAUCAUCAAGGUGAAUGGAGUCACUGUGACUCAUUCAACCCACCUUGAAGUUGUGGAGCUAAUAAAAUCUGGUCCACACGUGGAGUUGACCGUCCAACAACAUCCGGCGCACCGCGGGGGCGGCGCCACCACCCCCCUGCACCCUUCCUCACCACUGCUCCCCACAAUGGCGUCGCCGCCCCCCUCCCGCCCCCUGCACCACCACCACUCUGCCCCCGCGCGCGAUCGCAUCACGGGACCACAACCUGUCGACUAUAAAAAACAGGUUGAACUGGAGAACGAACGCUUGCAGAUGACGCGGGUGAUGCUGGAACACGAGCAGAACUACGUGGAGAUGCUGCGUAGCAACCUGGCGCGAUGUCAGCAAGCCAGUCAGGAGAGCGACCUGACGCGACAGCUGCAGGCGGCUGAGCGACGUGUUCACACGCUGCAGCAGCAGAUUGCUGCCUUGACCACCACGCAAGGCGGCAAGGAGCCUCUGCCCUUAUCCCGACACUUGGUCGAUUUCCCCCCGGGCUACGAGGGGGGCGACACCCCUCCGCCCCUCCCCUCUCGCAAUCCACCUACCUCUCCCACCCCCUCCUUCCUUGCCACCCCUCCGCCCCUCCCGCCGCGUCAGUACUUGCUUCAAUCGGACAAACUAACCUCCUCUGGUGCUGAUUUCUUCUUGACCACUUCAUCUAACCACAGUCCGAUUGGAACACCAGUCCACAAACACCAUCGCACCAAGUCAAGUCCCGACACGUUGAAUGCAAGCAGCAUGGCUGAAGAAGUGACCAGUUUGAAUGGAAGUCCAACUGACGAGGAAUCUUCAAAGCGUCUGAUUGACACGGAGUGCUUGCACGAACUGUCAAUAGGGGGCGCCAAGCGGACGCGGGGGGGCGUCGCCUGGGACGUGGACUCGCCCCGUUCCACCCCUCCUGGCACUCCACCGCCCCCCUACGCCAUCCCGCCCGCACCCGGGGGCGGCGCCGCCCCUGACGAGAUCAGCGACAUCACGCCCGAUGACACCGAUAAGGCGGGAGACGGCGGGGUGAUGAUGGAUGGUGUGAUGAUGUCUCCUCCCGGGUCGGUGCAGCCGCCGAUCAUCUCGAUGGAGGACGACGACAUGUCAGAUCAGGAGAUCAGUCAGCUGGAGGACCACGGCCCCUUCAAGUCGUUGAAUAAGUUAUGGGCCCACCACGCCCAUCUCGCCGUAUUCAUGAACUACGUCAUCUCCAACAGCGAUCCUUCUAGUUUGGUCAGUGUCAUUCACUCAAAAAAUGAAUAAAAGAUGAAUAUAUAA